CAGUGACGUGCAAGUUUAAUACAGUUUGAAAAUGAGAUAUCACAGGCACAAAAACUGAAUUAAAAUGGACACAGAGAAACCAGAAUGAUAGUCAAUAAUAUGUGUCAAAACAACAAGAAGACCUGCAAUAAAAUCAUAUAACAAUAAAAACAUCAGUAGCAUCCAAUAUUAAACAUUCGACAGAUGCUGUUACAUAGAGUGAUUUACACAAAUUAUAUUUUUACAUGUAAUCCAUAAAGGGCUGAAUAUUUUUCAGUUUAAGUACGUUGGUUUAAGUACCAUCUGGGAACCAUCUGAUUUAUAAGCCCAUUUACCUAACUAUUGUGCUACACUACACUGAGAUUAUCAGAUACUGGGUUCUAGCCAAAGGUGAGGUCCAGGCAGCUGUCGUUGCAUAGUGUGAUAAAUGCUUAGGAGUCAUGUACACUCAUUUUUUAAAACCUACAGACCAAAACGUUUUCCCAAAAAACAUCAAUGCUGCUCACCACCCAACUGAAUACCUCCUCCUGCCUGUAACUCCCAUAACGAAUAUUUAUUCAGAUUAAAAUGCAAACAGCGUAAUGGAGCAUUACCAUGCCACGCUUCUGCCGCUUCUAAUCCCUUGUCAGACAGCCUCCCCCGACUUAAUCAGAUUAGCGGCUCUGUCGGUUAGCUAAUCCCCGUGGUCAUGUGACUGACAGACAGCCACAGUCCUCCGAGGACCGGGGGGGCAGGAAUGGCUCCGACAGACCAGAAUGCCGGUGUACUACACACCCAUCCCUCGGAACCUGCGUCUGGGCCUGGCCUACGCCAGCGGCUCGGUCUUUGGGAACAACAGGACAGGUGACAGCCAGGAGCAGAACGACAACUCAGCGAAUGAAGUUGUCUCACACCUGCCCCUUCAAAUGCUGAUGUACUUCAAUGCCUUCUUCUUCCCUUUCUGGUGGAUUUCUGAAGUAUUCAUGUUGGAGCUAAAGUUUGAUCUGUUGCCAAGAUACUACCAGUGUCUUCUAGUGGCAGGGAUGGUUCUGCUCACAAUAUUCGAGGGCCUAAGGCUUUACCUCGGCUAUGUGGGAAACCUGAAGGAAAAGGUUCCAGAGCUGGCCGGGUUCUGGCUGCUCAGCUUCCUGUUCCAGCUGCCCAUCCUGCUGUUCUUCCUGACGGACGAGGGCAUCCUCAUCCUGCCACUGGAGCGGGCCGUCCACUCCGUCUACCUCGUCUUCGUCCUCUCCGAGCUGCUGGCGGCCUUCCUGGCCCUGCGGACCGUGAGCCGCAAGCUGUCCCUCCAGUUCCACCUCGGCCAGUUCAGGCGCGCCGAGGACCGCCAGCCGCCGUUCGCGACCCCGGUCUUCGGCCCCGCGUACGGGAGGACCGUGCUGCCGGUGACCCCCGCCAAGGACAUCCAGGCUUAACUGUACGUCAGGUUAAUCUUUCAAAAGGGCAUUUCACAUACGCACGCAGCACCAAACUACCCACCUAGAGCUCUCCAUUCAUUGCCACAAUAGACACAUUACUGGUGCAAUUUUGAAAAUGACAUGUAAUGCUGUCAGGGUAAAAAGACUAACUGCUAGAAUCGUACCACAUAUACUGUGGACUUAAUUUGCACCGAAUAAUUCCAUACAACUGAAUAAGACCACAGAUUAUGGCAUCCUGUAGCUUUUGCAUUUUGGCAAUCCUAUUUUGAGGCAAUAGUUUAUUGUUUUUCAGUGUGUUACUAGCCUAUAGGACUCAAGUGAUUCUGAUCAUCAUAUUUGCAUGUAGUUCAAUACAGGAACUACAUCUCACAACAGUUCCUUGAAACCAUGUUUCUCAUGCCUCACAUAACACUUUAUCAAAACACUAAAGGAAUCACAUGCACCUGGGGUUUUAGUUACACCAAGUAGAAGUCUGAGGCCCAGUUUACAUAUAUUACAUUGUGAACAAGACUGAAUGGAUGGAUGCACCAAUUUUUGUCAAUGAUACACUGAUUUAAAACAAUCAUUGCUCAGCUAUGGACAUAUGUAUUUUUGUUGGUUAAAGCAGGUCAGUGACUGGAAGCAGACGAUAGCUUUACCCAUAAUGAAGCCUCACUCCACAAUCACCUCUGUACACAUUACAACUCAAGGAAAGGAUACCAUAACCAUGUUUAUUUCCAUACUUCUGGGCUGUAAACUCAUGAAACUCGAGGCUGUGGAAUAAUUAAACUCUGUUUCAAGUUUGCCGCUC